UUUCCUCCUCGUCUCUUCUUUCUACAGCUCUGCUCGCAUAAACUGAUACUCACACACACGCGCGCGCGCGCUAGCACACGAGCGUGCGAUAUCUCGCGAGCAAAGGAGUAGUGGAGCGGUGGUGGAGGAGAGGCUCGUCCCCGUCUCUCGGUCAUUUCGUUCACUUUCGUUCCGAUCUUUUCUGCAAUAGCCGAGAACACGCCAGUUAAGUGCAGCCCACCGGCGCACAAAGUCGGCCCGAUCGCGCUCUCGCCCACACGUAUUUCGGAUAUUCGCGCACCGUUUACUCCUCCGUCGCACCAGCGAGACACUAUUUGCCGAUUUUUCCGUGCCCUGGUUCGGCUCAUACGGAGAAAAUCGAGUUCCCCGAGCCAUCCGAUGCGCGUGAUACAUCGCCGUCGUUGUCGUUACAUCAAGCGUAUUUUUAGCCACGCGAUUUUUUCAAAGUCGCCGGAUACCGUGUUUGUGUGCACGAGCGCUUAGUGUGUGUGUUCGCGCGGUGCUACCGAACGACGCGCGCGAGAAGAAGAGCACGUCGGCGAUGACGACUCCCGCUAUAUACUGUGCACGUAUAGCUCGGAGUUGGCACGCGUACAAGUAUAAUAAUUGAGAGAGACUCCACCCGUCCGCUCCCCUUCCUCGUGCCUCUGCCGAAGAUCGAACGCGUGUACGGGUUCUUUCUCCGUUUCUUCCGUGUGUUUUGACCGCGAGUCUCGCGCAAACGAUUCUCGACCAUCCGCAAGACGGGGGCUUCCCAAGGAGUCCUGGCGAGUCUGUUGGAGCUUGCGAGAAAAAGACACACCAACAGUCGCCUACACCCACUCGUUCAUUUGGAAAGCUCGCAAGUCGCUGAGCCUACGUAUCAUUGACACUGGGCAUUGAAAGCUCGGAAAAGUCGCCUCUUGCGGUGAAAAUUUAAAGGACCAACAAGUGAAUGGAUACUGGGUACUCCGGUCCCUCCAGAGUGUAUCUGCAGGAGUGAAGAACAGACACAGUUGUGAGGACGAGUGAGGAAUGACCCGUGGCCGUCGUCGCCGUCGCCGGCUUUGAAGAUGAAUCGAUACGGUUAUUAAUUCCAUUAACAACAAUGAAGAAACACUUGUCUCGGCACUCAUGAAACAGAAGAUGAUGAGCUUCUGCACGGCUAGUGAAAAAGUUACAAGUUGCCGUCAAAAAAUGCAUCUCCUCGUCCUUCUGCUUUCGAUAAGUGUCAUUCACGCUGUACAAGAUGAUGUCCCAACUCGACCGAAGGGACUGUACACCGGCGAGGACCACAUCCACUCGCACGAGAUCGUGUACCCGCGCAAGGUGACGCACCUCGGCGAAUUGAUCUCCCGCAACGUGACUCAUCAUCACGACGGCGAUGCUGCUGUUGUCAACGACGCCAAGACGAAGGAGGUGCAUUAUCGGCUGGCAAUGGACGGCGACCGUGAGUACCACCUGCAGUUGACACCCGUUCGAGAGUUCAUUGGCUCGGGGAUGGUGGUGGAGAGGCGCAAGCGCGAUCUUCACAAGCGCGAGCCAGCCAAGAGGCACGCGAGCACGUGCCAUUAUCGAGGGGUCAUCAGGGACCAGCCCGAUUCGAAGGUCGUGCUCUCCGCUUGCGAUGGACUGGCGGGUUUUCUACACGGUGAACACGGCGAGGCCUGGCUCGAGCCAGUAGCUCGCGAGCACGAGCACAGGUAUCGAGAUUCAGCAGCAAUGCUGGGCCACGAGUCGAGUAGGCCACACUUGUUGUUCCGAAGGGCUCGCGAGAGUAAGCUGCAGGUAUCCGAGCGACAGCAGGAGCACCGAAAGCCGACCCUAAAGGAUACCAAAGGUGAUGGUGGUGCUGCUGAAGGUAGUAGUGGAAGACGCAAGCCACGACGAAAAAAGAAGAAGAAGCACGAAAGGACCUGUGGCACGCGCGAACCUCGACGGCUGACCGAGACUCUGCUGGAAUGGCAAACACAGCCGGGCUUGGUGCAAGUUCAGGGUCGGGGUCGCCGUCGGCAAUUGACGCGCCAGCAACACCUGCCCGGCCACCACUGGCAGCGCUCCAAAAGAUCGGUAAGCCGGCCGCGGCACGUGGAGGCCCUCGUGGUCGCCGACACGACGAUGAUGGCCUUCCACCAGGACGGCGACGUCGAGACGUACCUGCUCACCAUCAUGAACAUGGUUUCGGCGCUCUACCUCGACCCGACCAUCGGCAACUUCAUCAACGUCGUCGUCGUGAGGAUUAUCCUGAUGGAGGAGGACGAGGCCGAGCAGGGCCUAAACAUCACCAUCAACGCCGACAAGACACUCUAUAACUUCUGCAAGUGGCAGUUGAAGCUCAAUCCAUCGGACGACUCGCACCCGAAUCAUCACGAUGUGGCAAUCCUCGUGACCAGGGAAGAUAUUUGCUCACGGGCUAAUACACCCUGCAGUACACUGGGCGUGGCCCACGUGGCGGGUAUGUGCCAGUCCGAUCGCAGCUGCAGCGUCAACGAGGACAAUGGGAUCACUUUGGCCCACACCAUCACCCACGAGCUGGGGCACAAUUUUGGUAUGUACCAUGAUACAGAGAAAAUCGGAUGCAGCAAAAAGGAGGGAGAUAAGCUACACGUCAUGACACCUUCGUUCGAGGCCGAUACAGUGGGCGUUGCCUGGUCCAAAUGUUCCAGACGAGACAUCACGAAUUUCUUAGACCAAGGCAAGGGGGAGUGCCUCGAAGACGAACCGGCUGAUAAUGACUACGCUUAUCCAGAUCUGCCUCCGGGAGCCAUGUACAACGCGGAACAUCAGUGUAGACUCCAAUUUGCCGUUCGAGAGGCAUCCGUCUGCUCACCUUUGGAGGAGAUUUGUUCGAAACUUUGGUGCGUAGUCGACGGGGUGUGCACGACGAUGUUGCAUCCAGCAGCCCCGGGCACUCACUGUGGCAAGCACAUGUGGUGUCAAAACCAAGAGUGCGUGCCGAUAGUGGACCGUCCGAAUCCCGUGGACGGCAGCUGGGGCGAGUGGGGCAGCUGGAGCGAGUGUUCGCGCAGCUGUGGCGCCGGGGUGUCGAUAAUCGAGCGCAAGUGUGACCAACCGGAGCCGGCGAACGGCGGAAAAUUUUGCAUCGGCAAGCGCCGGCGCUACAAAAUUUGUAACACUCAGGCGUGUCCCGAAGGCGUGCCCAGCUUCCGCAGCGUGCAGUGCAGCGCCUACAACGGGAAGGAGUACAAGGGCAAGAACUACACGUGGCUGCCGUACUUUGACCAGACCGAACCGUGUGAGCUCUACUGCACGGACACCGAGGAGAGCGUGAUAGUGCCGUGGGGCGAUGCUGCCCUCGACGGAACGCCCUGCAACGUAGGCACAAGGGACAUGUGCAUCGCUGGUAUAUGCAGGAAAGUCGGCUGCGACUGGGCCGUGGACUCGGACGCGACGGAGGACCAGUGCGGCAUCUGCCACGGUGACGGAACCCAAUGCGUUACCAUUCGAGGUUCGUACGACAAAAAUGAGGGCCCGGGGUACAGGGAGGUCGUGGUCAUCCCUGAGGGCUCGCGUAACAUCAAGAUCGAGGAGGUUGGCAACAGCAAGAAUUACAUCGGUAUCGGCCGACCGGACUUGGACGAGUACUUCUUGAACGGGAAACGGCAGAUCACCUUGGCCGGGGAGUAUCAGGUGGCGGGAACGCCGGCGCUCUACGAACGCGACCACGACAAGGAGAAAGUCAGAAUACCCGGACCAAUCAAGGAAGACAUCGUCGUUUACCUAAUUUACCGUGGGCACUACCGCAACUUCGGGCUGCGCUACGAGUACACGGUGCCAAAAAGGGAAUCCGGACGGGUCCCCGAGUACUCCUGGGCCUACUCGGACUGGUCGCUCUGCUCGGUGACCUGUGGCGGCGGCACCCAAAUCUCGCACGCGCUCUGCCACGAGAGCCGGAGCGGCGUGGUCGAGGACAAGUUCUGCAGCGGGACCAAGAAACCCGAGGCCAUGAGCCGAGAGUGCAACGCCAAGCCCUGCCCGGCCAGAUGGUGGACGGGGCCGUGGCAGGCGUGCCCGGUGAUCUGCGGCGAGGGAGCGCUGCGCAAGCGGUCGGUCAUGUGCGUGGCCGCCAGCCGAGGUGAGGACCAGCCCGAGCUGGCUCUGCCGGACCAGGACUGCGACAAGGACGCCCGGCCCGAGGAGGUCGAGCCCUGCCCAGAGCUGCCGGUCUGUGAGCCGAGCAGCGAGGCGCCCCUCAUCGUCUACGCGGACGAGAAGAGCGCGGCCUUUUACAACGUGAGCGAGCCGGCCGGCUCGACGACCCUGGAUGGAUUGGGCAGUACCGAGGUGGAGCCGGAGAUACUCGAGUUCGACAACGUGGUAGACGUGGACAAUCCAGAGGAGAGCUCCAAGUACAACGCCAAGCCCAAGUGGCAGGUGUCCAAGUGGAGCUACUGCUCGGCUGGAAGGAAGACGAGGAAGGUGUUUUGCUCAGUGGCAGUGGAUUCGGAGGCCUGUGGGCUGGAGAACAAGCCGGCCGACACCGAGGAGUGCAGAGCUGGGAAAUGGGUCACGGGCAAGUGGAGCGCUUGUAACGCGACCUGCAGCGCCAAGUCAGGCCAGAAGCGCCGGGACGUCACUUGUCACGACCGACAGACCAACUUGGCCUCGGCUGAUUGUAAUCCUGAGAGAAAGCCACUAGAAGUUAGACGCUGCCAUCACAAGAAGCCCUGCCCUGACGAAAAAAUCGGAUGUAAGGACAGUAUCGAUCCAUCCUGGAUAUGCUCGUCUUAUCGGCCCAUGUGCGACGCGUCGCCUAUAGUUCGAGAAAAAUGUUGUGCAACGUGCCUCAAGAGACGAAAACACGUUCGACAUAAUCGUCGCCAGGGCGUGGUGAAUUGAAGUUGACUGUUUGCUCACUGAAGGGAAGUGCAACAAAAAAUACGAGCAGAGGAGAAGUGAUUCGCACUUGAAUCUUCGUUAGCCAUAUUUUUUUUUUUUUUUGCUUAAAAUUUUUUAUAACUCAAACUAAUAAGUAAAAAGUGGCAGUAAUGCCUAAGAGCUACUGACGAUUUUCAAUUUUUAAAAUGAGCUUUUCUAAAAUGGUUAGCUAAAGGACAGACUAUGAAGAAACACUGUUGCUUGUGAUUUAAUCUUAUCAUUUUUCGAUGCAUCUAUUUUAUUUUAUUUUUAUUAUAGUUAUCCCCUGGACGCUAUGUGAAACCGUGCACACACCACACGAGAUAGCGAAAAAAGCUGAUAUUGCUUAAUGUAACGAUUUGUUUUUUACAGUACCUUUUUCUUGGUAUGUACCUUCUUUGCUAUUAUUUAUUUUAAAGUUUUGCUACUUAGAUCUUUUUAUAAUCAUUGUAAUUUGAUUUCUUAAGAUGCUAGAUUUUUCUACUUUGCUUAUUAAGUGAAUCGAUUGGAGCUGCUUGAAAUGCCUUAUUUAUUUAUAUAAUUCAUUUACUGGAACAUAAAAUUUACUGUUAGAUGUAA